AUGCCAAGCAUAACUCAGCACUACAUGGCAGAAAUGCAGGAACUCCUGUUCUCUUCAGGAGAGCAACCCAUCAGUGGAGAAGAACCCAUCAGUUCUUGGCGUGCUCAUCGGGCUGGACCUCAUGUUAUGCUUAUAGGGUUAGGGUUUAUAAGGGUUUAGGGUUCAUGUUUAGUAGUGUAGGUACUAUCGUACAGCUGGCACUGUACACAAGAUAGUGCAGCGUGAUCAUGCAAUAAGUAAGCUUCAGUAACAACUACCUAUAAUUCUCGGCUCUUAUCUCACGCUUACCAGUUAUAGGGCUUAUAAGAUCCCCUCGACGUCGUCACUUUCUGUGAAGAUGCUUUGUGUCACUUAAUUAUAGCUAUCGGAUUAGUAGGAUGGACCAUUGAUUCUACUAGUAGCAAUUUACAACUUGUUCUAGCACAUCAACUACGUGUUUCUGCGUUUCGAUUCUCUACUCAUCUUUUUAGCUUUUGUCCCUGUAGUAUAAGUUAUCCGCUUGGUACUAAAGAUCGUUGUCGUUCUUGUAUACUCUAAAUCAUUUGCUGGCCUUACUGCGUUCGCUUUUUCCGGACGUCUGCCUGACCUCUAUGAGGAUCACUUGCCGCCGAAAAGUUCUAUAUUAUGAAAUGUUGACCACCUUGACAUCUACUUGAGGCAGAAACAGAAGGUUCUUGUAGUAGGUACACUAAAAACUUCUACUUCAAAAUCGGACUCAUGAUGAAAUCACUUCGCUCUAACCUUCAUACAACUAAUAAAUAUUUUAUCGCCGCCUAGUACGUAGGUAGGUAGUCCUUGUCCUUGUCCUUUCAUCACCAUUGAUUAGACUUGAAGAGAUUACAUCUGUGAUCAUCCUAAUCCGCAUCGCGCUGUAAAGUACUUUUUACCAUGAGUUUACCUCUGUGGAAGUUCUUUUGCUUCGAGAAUAACCUUGGCCGGUAAGGGUUAAACCUGAAGAAGUACAUGACCAUGACCAUGCUCGUUAGCCCUCGAGAAGUCUUCUGAAGACAGAGCAUUUUUUAGUAUCUUGAAGAGUAUUGGUUCUUCUAAAGACAGCAUCAAGUAUUACCGAGCAUACGCGAGGAACGCUCAAGCUAACGGAAGCCGAAGUAGAGGCGCAUGAACAGUCGAAACUGUCAGUGUACGCGGUGACUUUAUGGAAGAGUGGCGAGCAUGGUGUAGUAAUGAAUGGUUCUGGUAUUUGGAGGUAACCUGAAUUUGAUCAAAAGGGAAAACAAGAAGAGAACCCUUAUGAUCAAAUUCAGGUUACCACAUACCAGAACCAUACAAAACAAGAAGAGAACCCUUAUGAUCAAAUUCAGGUUACCAAAUACCAGAACCAUACAGGUAACUCUCCUGAUUGUUGUACUUGUAGCUAGUACUUCUUGAGGUUGAGGAUUUCUUUUAAUUAUUUCAUCUUGGUGAGCAUCAACAUCAGGAGACUAGUAUAGAUGUUAGGGAUGCAGAAUGAUGAUAGCAUCAACAGGACGCGAGAAGGCGAAGAAUUAGAAGGUGGUCAUCGGCGUGGCUUUCUCUGAGGAUCUCUAACAAAAGCCGGCAUCGGUUUUCUUAUCGGGGGAAGCGUCGCCGCGUUCACUUCUAGGGUAGAAACAACCCUGCUCUAUGCUCAAAAUGAGCUCGAAGUUAAGGCACUUUCUAAUGAGGAUGUUGUUGUUGUUGGGUCAUGCUUGGUACUAUCUUGAUGCAAUAAAUAUGAUAGAGAAAAACAAUAUCGAUAAGAACGAGUCUAUUGUCCAAGUAUUUACAUCAACUACGAAGCUCCUGUCAUCUUUUUUCUUCUAAUGCAGAUUUCCGUGCCGCCGUCCUGAAAAGAGACGAAGCAAGCCCUGCUGAGUCGCCAGAUAUUAUAGAUGGCCAAAUAUUAGGGCUACAAGAAAUCCAUCUUCACGUGCAUCCUGAGACCGUUUUCAAGGGGAAAAAGGUUCUAGGAUGCGUUUCAAGAUGGAUUUCUCUUGGGUCUAAAAAUAGAAGACGGAGUGGGUGCUACUAGAGGAGGUCGUGGCGCCUCCCAGUCCAUGAUCUCACAGUAAGGCUUCCUCUAAUCCAUGAUCUCUAGAAGUGUGUACUAUAGGGUGGGAUAUACUAGGGAUCCCUCAAGAGCCGUAUGAUCAUCCCUCCUCUCUUUCCCUCCUCUACAAGGGGGAGGCUCCUCUACAACAGGGAUGCUCCUCUGCAAGGGGGAUGCUGACGCGCACGCUUGAGGGAUUUCCACAGGGGAGGGAGAUGAAGUCUAAUUAUCACAAGGACGCGGCUCGGCAGUGGCUUCUCUAUUACCUGAUGGCCCUCCUGACGCUGGCGCGAAGUUAAGUCAAAGUGUUGUACACAACAUAACUAUGAAGCAUGCCGCACCAGGAAGUGGAUCGGUAGGAGCUGGAUUCAUGCCAGCAACAUCUGGUCGUGGCUUACCACAAACUCAAAAAAAAGGUGGAGCUGGAGGAGAGCAAAUAAAAAAGGAGGAGCUGGGGAAGCAGGGUAAAAAGAAUUAAGGCUUAAUAAAUAAGUACUAAAUUCACCGACCCAUCUUCGAAGAUCUUCGUCUCCAACAAAGAAGCAUUUUCCUGUUCCGUCGUUUCGUUUUUAAGAGACUUCGUCUCCAACAAAGAAACAUUUUCCUGUUCCGUCGUUUCGUUUUUAAGAGACUUCGUCUCCAACAAAGAAACAUUUUCCUGUUCUAAAAAGAGGGAAAAGCCAAAUCCUCGCCUAAGGAGCAGGGAGGCUCGCCAAAAGGCACGCCAUCGCCGAAAGGUAAAGGGCGGAAGAAGACGUAA